UUGGCUGAAUGUAUCACCUCUCAGCGCCGUUGGGUUUCAGCGUGGACAUUGUCAGUGAAUAUGGCGAACUGGUGUGUACGUGCGGUCAGACAGAGUUAUUCUUUAUUAGCAUCCCCUACACUUGCAAGGGCUGCCCCACGCCUCCUUUGCACCGCAGCCCAACAGAAGAGUUCAGGGACUGGUACUGAAGAAGAGAAUGGUGCUCACAAGUUGGAUCCCAGCGCAACAGAGAAAGCCCUAACAGAAGAAAAGACACAGCUGGAAGAACAGCUGAAGGAUGUCACGGAUAAAUACAAGCGGGCACUAGCAGAUACUGAGAACCUAAGGCAGAGGAGUCAGAAGAUGGUUGAGGAUGCUAAACUAUUUGGAAUCCAUGGUUUCUGCAAAGAUCUCUUGGAGGUGGCAGACAUUUUGGAGAAGGCAACAGAAAGUGUACCAAAAGAAGAAAUAACCGCUGCAAAUCUUCAUCUGAAAAACCUGUAUGAUGGCCUUGUAAUGACUGAAGUUCAGAUUCAAAAAGUCUUCAACAAGCAUGGACUAGUAAAGCUUAACCCUGAUGGUCAGAAAUUUGAUCCUUAUGAGCAUGAGGCUGUCUUUCACGCACCUGUGGAGGGCAAGGAGCCGGGUACCAUAGCCAUAGUUACCAAGGUGGGCUACAAGCUGCAUGGCCGCACACUCCGGCCAGCUCUGGUGGGUGUGGUCAAAGCCCCUUAACUGGUUGUAUACACUAUGGUUGAUGAGUUUAUUCCUAGGUGACAGAUCAGCUCGUUAGCUGGUCUAAGUUCUACUUUUUUCUUUUGUUAUGGGGCCUCUGAGAGGCAAAAUCCAAUAUACUUGCAACUAACUCGUGUUAAUUAUGAAUAUAUAAAAAAUACAUAUUUUAAGAGCUUAGUGUAUGUGGUAAAAGAUGCACCCAGUUUAAAAACACUGCAGCUUAUUAAACUAUGUAUACUUCUUAUACCUGUUUGCUGAAAAAAUAAAUUCCCCAGUUGUAAUGAAGACCACUGAUGGUUCAGUGCCACCAUGUAUCCUUUCAUCUAUGGAGUCUGUCCAAAGGUUGCAGUUAUUUUUCUUUAGUGUUACACAGGUUUCAAUUUGUUUGAGAAAAUAAUUGGUGUUUUUUUCUUUACUGAAUUGGUAUAAACCAAGUGUUUAAUAUUAUAAUAAUUUACCCACAAGCAGUUGCACCUGCUUUUUAUAACCACAACCUAAUCAACAAAAAAUUGCAAUUAACUACUAAUGUCAAUAAACCGUUUCUGUGACAUUACAGGAAAGGAAUGGGUGAAUAAGUGGUAUGUCAUGUGAAAUACUGGUUGUGAAGUAUUUAGUAAAAUAUUACAUUCAAUUUUAAGGUAAUUUUUUUCUGUCGACAGACAGACAGACAACUUUGUCAAUGUCAAAUAAAGCUUGUACCUCUUUC